CUACCCACGGGAAGAAGCAACUAGCGAAAAAGCCUAAGCAGUUACACUUGCCAAAACUGCUUCAUUCAGCCAGCAGGCUGCACUACUCACGUUCCCUGUUCACAUUUGAAUAUUGGAUUUUUUUGGGGGGGGAUUUUUUUUUUUUUUUUCUUCCAGAUAAAGUCUCUCCAUAUCUCGUGCUGUGCUCGUGUGUGUUGUGUCGGACACGCGGCUAGGAAUGGGAACGUAACUUCACGACGGCAGCAGCAGCAGCAGCAGCGGCAGCGGCAUCAGCAGCGGCGGCAGCAGCAGCAGCAGCAGCAGCGUACGGAGUCGAACCGGCGCUUUCUUUGCAUCCUCCUCGCAGCGGAUUUUACAAAAAGAGUCCCCGGAGCCUGCGCUGGCAUUCAGCACCCUGGACAGCGACUUCAGAACCCUGGACAGAGACUUCCGCAGCCUGGACAGCGACUGUAUCGGGCUGUAGGAGAGGCUGGCACGUGGUAAUACGAGGAAGAAAGGAUGGAUCUUCAGCCCACUGUAAGAGCCUCCCCCCGGGGAAGCCAUCGUUGGACACAAGUCCUCGUGGGCUGUUGACCUGCUGUCUCUGUGAUUUAUGGCGGCUGGAGGCCUCUGGCCACUGCAGCCUCCUCUCCUCUUGUUCCUCCAUUUCCCUUCGCACGCACCGCAGGAUUGCAAGGAGCCACACACACCGCGCCACCUUCUAGAGGAAUAUCCAAAGAGAAACUCCUCGUGCAUGCUAAGCAUCAGCACGGGCACGCACACAAAUACACCUGCAGGCUACUCGGUUGCUUUCUACACCGUCUCAUACAAAAAGAAACACCAUAAACAUUUGCAGUCUGCAGUACUGUGUCCCGCAAUCCCAUCACAUGUAUAUUAAACCAGAUCCUCUCUGAGAACGUUCUCCCCUUUGACUGCGUGUGGAUUACCAUCAGUCAUGGAAUGUCAGCUGUAAAGCCCUGGGUGUAGCUGCUGGUCAGUGCAGGGUUGGAUCAAUGGAAGUGCGCUGAGUAAUGAGGUGAUGUUCCUGUUUUCUCAUGGUCUGAGAGCGAUCAGCAGCCAGCAUCUCUCCUCUGACGACACACAGAUCCGCUUCUAACCAUCCGUCUUUGACUAUUAGUUGAAGUGACUUAUGUUAUCAUUUUAACAUUAGACACCCCGUUGCUAGGAGUUUUCUCCUGUGCACACCGGAGCUGUCAGAUCCCCUUAAGUACCCUUCUCUCUGCAGCUAUAAAGGAUUGGAGGGGACUCGGUGUCACGUUCACCCUCUGGACUUAUCCGUUUUUCCUUUUGAAAGCUGCGCACGGGGAGCGAGAGCCAGACAGUGACCUCGCCAUGGUGUUGCCGCCCCCAGACAAACGCCACGUGUGCCUGACCACCAUCGUCAUCAUGACCAGCAUGGCCUUCAUGGAUGCCUACCUGGUGGAGCAGAACCAAGGUCCCAGAAAAAUUGGUGUGUGCAUUAUAGUACUGGUCGGGGACGUGUGUUUCCUCAUAGUGCUACGAUAUGUGGCGGUGUGGGUGGGUGCAGAGGUGCGCACCGCCCGGCGAGGAUACGCCAUGAUCCUGUGGUUUCUGUACAUCUUUGUCCUGGAGAUCAAACUCUACUUUGUGUUCCAGAAUUGCAAAGCCGACAGGAAGAGUCUAGAGACAGUAGCACGAAAAGCUUUGACUUUAUUAUUAUCCGUGUGCGUGCCGGGUUUAUACCUGAUUUUAGUGGCUCUGGAUAGUAUGGAAUAUGUAAGAACUUUCAGAAAGAAGGAGGACAUGAGGAGCCGCCUGUUCUGGGUGGCUCUGGACCUGCUCGACCUGCUCGACAUCCAGGCAAACCUGUGGGAGCCGCAGCGGACGGGCCUGCCAAUCUGGGCCGAGGGCCUGAUGUUCUUCUACUGCUACAUCCUGCUGCUCAUCCUGCCCUGCGUGUCGCUCAGUGAGAUCAGCAUGCAGGGGGAACACAUGACGCCCCAGAAGAUGAUGCUGUACCCGGUCCUGAGCCUGGUCACCAUAAACGUGGUCACCAUCCUUAUACGUGGCGUGAACAUGGUGUUGUUUCAGGACAGCCGCGUAUCCACCAUCUUCGUUGGCAAGAAUGUAGUGGCCAUCGCCACCAAGGCGUCCACCUUCCUGGAAUACCGCAAGCAGGUGAAGGAGUUCCCCCACCCGCAGAACGCCAUGGCACUGGAGCUGCAGCAGAACUCUGUCAGCCACACGCAGCCGCUGCCCAACACCACCAGUUUGCCCCAUGAACCUUCGCCAGCGCAGGACGUCAUUGACACAUGACUGCCAGCUCUGGACUCCAUACCGACGGACCUGACUGCUUUUUAUGAAAAACUCCAGCAGUGGAGGUAGAUAGAGAAUUCAGCUGCAUGACAGGAUGAUAUCCUGUUCUUGUCGAGCUCACACAAACUGCUGUGAAACCAUUAAAGAGAUUUUCAGCAUCACCUGCCUGUCAGAACGUACUGUAAAACUUGACACUUAACUCACUUGAGUGCAGACUUCACAAAUCAAGACAAAGGGGUUUUUAUUGUGGUGUUGUGUUUUUAAUUGUUUCAAAUGUUUUAGACCUAAUUGAGAGACAAUCUCCGCAGUGUGCAGCCCGGUGACAUCCUUUUGUGUAAAAUGAACAGUUGGUUUCGCCCUCGGUGAUAAUCUGUAGUGUUUUAUGUUGUUUUUUUUUAAGGUCAUUUUUUUCCCGACAGUGCAUCUGUGGCAUUUCCUUUUGAAUCCAGCUCCAAAGGACAUACCACUCAGCAUGGUGCACUGAUGGAGAGGAGGAGCAGAGAGUGACGAGGGUCAGUCAAGUGAGGCCAUCAGAGCAGUGCUACAGCAAGGUUAGUGACAGGUGGAUGCUUUUCCUUCUCAGUCGGGUUUCUGCUGAGAGAGCGAGGAAGCUCUGCAGUGACACUCGACGGCCAAAAGGUCUCUAGUUAAAAGCACCACUACAGCGUCCGCCACAGGCAUUCGAGUGUGCGUUUUACUGUGUUUGUGAGUGUGUGCAUAUGUGUAUGCACACUUCACAAUGUUUUUUGGAAGAUUAUGUGAGUGGUUUCAUGUGUGUGAUGAGUUUGCAAAUGAGACAAAAUAUGUAGUGAUGAUGUCAGAAAAAGAAAAAAAAACAAGAUUAAGGCUUGGAAAUUUAAAUUUUGAUUCCUGUGAUAUACAUUCCUCUGAAACUAGCUCAAGCCUUGAUGUCGUGGAAAUGCAGAGAUCCAGAUUAAGAAUUGACUAAUUUAAAAAAAGAAGAAAAAAAAAGAUGAAAUAC